UUAAUUGUAAUGUAUAGAGGGCGCUCCAGUCAAUACAUCCAUUAUACAUUGUUGUGAAAUGCCAAGUUCUCAGUCAACGUUGGUAUAGCAAUAAACAGUAACUAUGGAUACUCGGACUCCAACAUUUGUUAUGUUUGAUUCAAGUGCUCAUCAAAUGAAAUGGGGCCAGCACAUAAUGGACAGUCUUCAAUCACUGCGAGAAGAGGCUUUAUUCUGCGACAUUAAGAUCAAAGUUGAAGAGCGGGAAUUUCCUGCGCACAAAAUUGUUUUGUCGGCAGCAAGUGAAUAUUUCCGUGCCAUGUUCACAGGUGGACUCAAAGAAUCCUCGCAAGAUAUGAUUGAAUUUCAAGAAGAGACCGAUGUCUGUGCCGAGUCUUUUGAAUUGAUUCUCAAUUUUGCGUAUUCUUCGCAUCUUGCAUUAACCCCAGAAAACGUAUUUGACGUUCUUGCUGCUGCAAACCAUUUGAGUAUGCCCAUUGCAGUUACACAGUGCAUUGAUUAUAUCGAACACUGCUUCCUUCAUGAAAAGUUCAACUUUGAGGAUUUUCUAAAAAUAUCUGAAAUGGCAAAUAAUUUUGAUUUGAAAAGUCUACGAGAGACAGCUGAUAGGUACAUCACACGGAACUUUGUAGAGGUUUGCGAGACUGAAGAUUUCUUAGAAUAUAUGACGGCGAGACGCUUAGCUAGUUUUUUGCAGAAAGAAGACUUGGCUGUUAGUGGAGAAUAUCCGAUUUUGAAAGCUGUUAUAAACUGGAUUCGACACGACAAAGAAACCCGUUUACAUCACUCAGCCAUGCUCCUUAAGAAGGUACGAUUAGGGCUGCUGACGGCACAGGAGAUUGUAGAAGCAUUUGAUCGAGACAUUUUAACAGUACCUCAAUGUAAACUGCUGUAUGAUCAGCUGAUGCAACACCAUGCAACGGCAAAGGCUGUUACGGGACCGCUUUUCGCUCAACUUCCACAGUUGUUUGCACCAAGACUUUCUUCAAAGUCUAUGGUAGCAAUUGGAGGACACACAUCGAUGAGUUUCGUACGGCAGUAUAAUGCAAAUACCAAAGCAUGGGAACCUCUAAAGAACUUUGCGCAGUUGCCAUAUCAGACAGUGAUCAACCACACCGCUGUUGUAGUCGGUGAACACCUAUUCAUCGCAGGUGGUGAAUACAUCAACUCUGGUAAAAAUGCCACCAGGAACUACUUUUUUGUCUACAAUGCAAAAGGCAACAAGUGGUCCAGUUUGCCACCCAUGAAAGUUGAGAGAAAAAGUUUCUCACUAGUCCAUCACGAAGGAUUUAUCUAUGCAAUUGGUGGCCUUGAUAAAGAUGAUAACCCACUUCGUUCGGUGGAGCGUUACGAUCUUGCUCGCAGUAAAUGGGUUUGCGUCGCUGCAUUGGAUGAAGCCCGCUACAACACAACCGCCAUUCUAUUCCAUAACAAGAUCCAUAUUUUCAAAGGACACGGUCAGGUUCGCUACACUUGUUUCGAUCCAGAACUCAACUCAUGGUUACCAGAGAAACGAUUAGGAUUAAAUUCAAAUCGACAGGUAGACUUGUACAUCAAAGAUGAGAAACUCUACUCUGUGUGUUACAAGUCCGUGCCAAGUAGGGUGUAUGGAUCUCAACAAUGGGAUUUGUGUCCAUCAGUAGUGGAGCAUCUGUUGGAUGAAUCUGGCACAGUCCAUUCAGGAAUGUACAUCUCCCAAGACCAAAGUCUUAUACCAGAGAAUGGUAUUGGUGCGUUUAGAAUUGGCGAUAGGGUAUACUUCUUUGUGAAUGGCUUCUGUUUUGAUAGCCAUCUAAGUACAAGUGCUACUCAGGUGUAUGAUAUUGAGUUGGAAGACUGGGAGACGCUCUGCCAUGGAAUAAGUGGGGCGGCAAUCUCUCUGUUGCCUCUUCGUCUUGGGUUAUUAACCCAUUAACACACUUUUAAGAUUCAUUUCAUCAAAUACAAUGUAUGGUCUCAAUUGAAUUCCAAAAGAGAAAAUUACUUUACAACCCAAAAUUAAAACAGUUUAAAGCUCUGUCCAAACUAUCAAAUUUCAUUUGACAAAGAACUGGUAUAUGCCCAUAUAUAGUCAUGAUGUGCCUAUAUAUGAUCAUUAUAUGAUGUCAUCAUUACCAUAUUUAGGCAUGUCACAUGUUUUUGUCAAAUAAAAUUGGAUAGUCUUGACAAGGCUUAUUAGAGUUGAAAUUAUGUUCGGCAUUAUAUUAGUUGUUGUGGAUAAACAAAUGUAUUAAUUUUUUUUUUUUUUUCAAACCAACAAUUUGAUUUGUGUCAUAAACUGGACACAACCCAAAAUCAUCGACAGAGAAGCUGACACAAAUGCCCGAUGUAUAAAAAAAAAACUAUGAAUCCGGAGAUGAGGGCGCCCACUACCUAAGUGAAGUAUAUGACAGAAUUCGACCUCUAGGGGUCAAUCUUUCUAGUGACAGAUAGUCUGUAGUGAAAGGAAAGUGAAAGUGGUUAGUCGAAGGUUAGUGAAAUCAGAUUGUUGGUAUGAAAACAAUAAUUGUUAAUACCUGUACUGUACAUUAUAUUAGUUGAAUUGUGUCGUUAUAGGUUGUAGCCAUACAUCCACAGUAAUUUAUUUUAAUGGUCAUAUAGACUUGUGUCAAACAGAAAGCGGACAUUUCAGGAUGAUAAUAUUUGUCCACAGGGAAAAAAGGGGGUCACUAAAGUGUACUGUAUUAUGUGAAUAUAUGGACUGUUUUUACUGUGUUAAGCAUUGAGAUUCAAAUUUUAAUAACAGUAUAAAAAUAAGUAUUGAAAAUAUUAACUUCUAUGUUAUAUGCAAGUUUUAGAACAUUUCAGUAUUUACAUAGUUGCUAUAAUUGUAAUAGUUUGUUUUGAGUUAAAUUCAAGCUUCCGUUUCCUCUAGUACGGUAAUUAGUUUAGUGAUUCUGUGGUUUAGUUCUACGUUGAAGUAAGAUAUCUUCUAACUGGAAUAUUAAGUGUUUUUCUGUGGCCUGAUUCCUGAGAAACUAAAAGAUGAUUAUUGUUUAUUGAAGACAUAAUUGUAGUUAAUUGUAUUAAAAACAGGAAAUUAUAAAACAGAAAUUAGCCAACAUCAAAACAGACUGAAGAAUGGUUUCACUCAGCAGUGAGUAGAAAAUAUAAUUUAAUAAGUUGAUUAAAAAUUGUAAUAAACCUUUCUUGGCAUGUUCCAUUUUAGUUAACUGUAUUUAUUUUCUAUGUAUCCAAAAGCAAUUGUCAAUUACAAGAUGGAAUUAUGCCAAAAUAAAACUUUUUGAUGCCCAAGCUCAUCUCAAAA